UUGGGAGCCUUGACCUGAUCUGGAGCCGAAAGGAAAGCUUCUCGUUGAGAGCAACAAGAAUGGCUUUGUUUAUGAUCCGAAAGAACGCAAAUGAGACUUUGAAUUAGACUUUGCAUGGACAAUGCUUAAGAAGUAUGCGAUAGAAAUUUUUAUACAUCACUGUAAUAGAUAAAUGUGUUGGUGGUACGACGCAAAGUAAUUAAAGGUCCCUCCUUGUUGGACUAGUAGUAGUCUAUGUGGUUUGAUUGAAAUACCUAGCUAGCUAUUGUGGGAAACUUUUGAUGUUAUUUUUUCAAUAGAAAACUUGAGAUUGAGUUAGUUGUCUGCAUUGUUCUUCUAAAAGAUUAGUUGGGCUUCCACGUGGAUCUAAAGCCUAACAAAAUAUGAGUUCUUUUUUCUUGCUAUAUAUCCCAUGCGACGGGGCGCAUUGUAAAGAGUUGAUGAUAUAAAAUGUACAACUAUGAGAGUAGCCCUGAAAGAGAUAGAGAGGGGGAUAUAACAAAACAAAUAGUCAAAAAAAGAGGCGUGAAAGUCAGAUUAGGUAUGGGAGGGUUCAAGAUACAAUAGACGUUAGCAUAAGAGGCAUCGUUCGUCUUCAUGAUUUCGUGUGUUGUGUUGUAAGACAACAACUCUGUUUCUGUAGGCAGUCAGCACUCGAGGCAGAGGAUCAUUUGUCUUCUCUCUCUCUCUCUCUCUCUAGAGCUGUCUGCAACAAAAACGACACGUCAUAAAACUCUAAGUAUCACAGAGUCACGUGAACACGAAAGCCAAAACCAAAAUUUCUAAAAUAUUUCUCGAAAAUGAUCAUUUUUACUAGUAAUAAUAGACUUUUUUUUUGUAAUAAUAGACUUUACUAGUAAUAAUAGACUUAAUAGUACAAGUUUGUCAGAAGUCAGAUACAAAAGAGUUAGCACGUGUGCAAAUUUUUGAUAGAUAUGGACUAAAGUAUUUGUCCAGUCAAAAUAACCGAGGCGAAGCCUUGUCACAUGAAAGGAAACACAGUUCUUCGUUUUCAUUUUUUGUCGCAUUUUUACUGACUAAUGUAAACAAAAAAAAAAUCCCAUCUUACAACACUAUCCUUCUUCUGCAUUAUAUUAAAAUUUUGCAUUUCGAAUUUUCGAAUAGAAAUUCAGAAACAGUAGUUUAACCAAACCGCCUGAGCGUGGAAUUUCUCUGGCUUGAGUUACGGGUUGAGGCCAGCUCUUAAUUCUCAAAUAUUUUAUUAUAUAAAUCAAUCCGAAAGUGAGCAGUGAAAUAGAGAGGUUUCAGACUAACCGGAAAACAAUCUAGAUUACAAAGAAAAACAAAGCUAAACCAAACAGACAUACGUGCAACAAGGGAAAGAAAACAAGUGUGGAAAGAAGACAAGUCUUUAGUUAGAUUUUCAUACUAUAUAAAACAUAAAUUAAAGUUUAAAAUUAUAACUUGAACUGUUUCAAAUUUAUUACCCAUAUUACUAAACAUAAAAUUGUUUUGAAGAAUUUGGUCUAUCGUGAACAAUUAAUCCCUUAAUUUUCUAAAGAUUAUAAGUGCGUUUCUUUAGUCUUUAUAAUGAAAAAGAAAGCCUAUUACAUAUCUUACAUCAAAUGGCUACUUAUUUUGGCCAAAAAGAGAAACAAAAUCAGUCAGAGCUACACAUAGACUAGUUGUGACAAGCUAGUAAGCUACUUUAUUUAAUGAUCUUAUUGUAGUCUCGUCCUCGUGCAUCAAAAUCACAUCAUAAAUUUGGGUGCCAAAAAAAAGAGUAAAGAUCAUAAAAGGAAGUCCAAAAUAGAGUGAGGGCUAGAGCAGUAGGACUUACGUCAUCAUCCCUAUGAAGAGGUCCAGUCAAAGAGGCGAUCCAUUAUCUUUCUUCUUCGUUAAAUACAGUGGAGUACUUUUUUAAAUAGUAGUAAAAGUUUGGUUCUUAUCUCUCAAUGGUUCCCGUGAGAAAAGCAUCGAGGUUGUUUUACGAUCAGUGAACUUGAACUGAUUUUAGGUUCACCUUUAUAAGUUUAAUUAUUAUGUUUAUUUUUCAAAUACAAGUGUUCCCAUGAUCUCAAAAAAUGGUUACGUUUGUGCAAAUUUCAACCACAACACAGUGUACGCAGUGCAUAGACUUGUGUUUCUACCACAACAUAGUUUUAAUAUUCUUGUUGUCCCUUUUUUUUUUGAUCAACCGAGAAUCAUACCACUAGACCAAAUGCCCUUUUUAUUCUUGUUGUGUCCCUAAAAUACACUAAUUAAAAACUUUUGAAUGAUGUACUUUUCUGGUAGUCUGAAGGCAGUGAAUGACUAGGUAUUAUAAUGUGCCAUAGUAAAGUCAUCGAUCAGUAGUAUACCAUCAAACAUAUCAUUUGUAUUAUAUACAGUUUCAAAUGAACCAUAAAAACAGAUAUGUGAUACCUUUUCCCUUAAUCUUGUAUGAGGGUAUUUUACAGUUGUUUUUUGGGCAAAGUUUAGAAACGUAUUACACAGUGUAACACUAGAUCUAUUAGUCCUUUCAUUUGCUUUAUAGAUUAGUUAAUUUAUUAAUAAAUGCAAGUAAGAUCAUUCUAUCAUCGCUGAUUGGAAACACCAUUCUCGGUCCGCCGUUAAAACUAAUCACUUUAUUAAUAUCUUAUUGUAAGUAUACAUGCAUAUACAUCUUCAACAUUCAAUUGUUUUUUUUUUUUUUGAGCAACUAACACAUCUUCAACAUUCAAUUGUUAAACAGUGUAUUUUGGUUGCAAGAACACCCACGUGUAACGAUCUUUCAGCAUACCACAGUCACAUCGCCAAACAAGCAAGAGAUCGAACGGUGCUUGAUUCUUUAAAACGCCAGAGAAAACCUCGAUCCUAGACAUCAAAUACCUAAGGUUUGUUUUGGUUUUUUUAUUACUAUUUGGGAUACAAAAUGAAUAUCGCUUGCUUUAUAAUCGUCAAAGAAAGCCUAGGAUUACGGGUGUCUUAAGUGGGCCUCACAUUAUUUAUUUUCCUUUAAACUCUCUCUCAUUUGGGUCAAACAAGUCAACAAAACAAAAACACUUUCUUUCUCUACUCCAUCUCUCUCUCUCUAGAUUCUCUCAUUUCUUCUCUUUAACCUCUGAGAUUCUCAACAAUGGCGUCGACCACUUGCGCUAGGGAGGUGCACUACAGAGGAGUAAGGAAGAGACCAUGGGGUCGUUACGCCGCAGAGAUUAGAGAUCCUUGGAAGAAAACUAGGGUUUGGUUAGGCACUUUCGACACUCCCGAAGAAGCUGCUCUCGCUUACGACGGCGCCGCCCGUUUCCUCCGUGGUAUCAAGGCUAAGACUAACUUCCCUCCUCCUCUCUCUCUCAACCUCAACCACAUUCCUUCCGCCCCCUCCGCCACCGCCGCCGCCGCGGAUAACCACCACAACCAACACCACUGGUUCCCUGCUCCUCCUCCUCUCUCCAUCCCUGACAAUCACCACCACCACCACCGUAUCUUUCUUCGAACCGGAGUGCUCAGCGACAAAGCCUCAGAUUUUCCCACCACCGAAGCGCCGGUUUACUUCGCCGCCUCGCCUGAUGUUGCCACGUCAGCUUCUCGAGUGUUUGAGUUUCCGAUAAUGAGUCCUUCUCCUUCCUCCGCAACGGCGAGACGUGGCUUAGCCAUCGAUCUCAACGAGCCACCGCCGCUUUGGCUGUAAAACAUCGGCGCCGUUCUGCUGACUUCCCCACACGUCGCCGUUUUGAGCACUUUCGAUGGAGCUAUUAUUGUUUAACUUUAAUUUCUUUUUAGCAAAUAACUUUCUUAGAGUAGAGUAUGAGUAGUUUCCUUUUGAACUUUUUUUUUUUGAAAAAAAAAAAAAAAAAAAAAAAAAAAAAAAAAAAGUAAUGGUCAUGUUGUGAACUGUUACGACCGUCGCUUAUGUCGGUUUCGAGGGGUUUUUAAAAUCUUAUCGUAUUCUAUCUAUGCCGUGUCGUGGAAUACGGACUGACUUGUGUAAGCUCUGCGUUCUGUUUGACUCACGCGCCUCUCUAACACGACAAAAGACUGUGAAAGAGAGAAACAGACAAAAGAGAUAGAGACUAGUGGUGGAGAGAAAUCAACCAGAGCAAGCGUGUGAGUUUGGACUGUCAUUUUUCACUUACAGACAAUAAAUGUAUUAUCGGUUUGACUGUUUGAAUUUGUAAAUACUUUAAUUUACUUCUAAUUAUUUUUAUAAAGGAAAUUUCUUAUCUUAAAGAAAUCAUCGUAUUAUAUAGGAAAUGAAAUAAAGCUAUAUAUUUCCUUAGUUAUAAAUUUAGACCACUUCUAACUCAUAUAUAUAUAUAUAUAUAUAUAUUUUUUUUUAAAUAAGUACUCUAUCAUAGAGAAAAAUAUAAAAGAGUGUUAGGAUAAUCAACCUAGCGAUAAAUAAAAAGAAUAAUUAUUAAUCAACGUAAUUAAACCCACAAUCAGAUAUAAUCAUAUACAGAACAAUUCAAAGGUUUGUUUAGAAACUUUUUGUUUGUUAGUUACAACGAUUUUACAUAAUUUGUGCUUGUUUUAUUUGAUUUCUAAGCGAAUUACGCAACUACAAAAUAUUGUGUGAUGGAUCAAUUAAAAGUGUUAGUCGUAUGUAAAAAUAAAAACUAACCGAAGUUCACUGUUAUUAAAAACUGUUUUUACGUUUAGAGUAGUCUUUUUAUCAUACUUUUUAAGAGACUUGUGACUGAACUACUGUUUAGUCAUAUGAAGAGAUCAAAGUUAGAGCUGGAGAAAUAAUGAAAGAAACCAUAAAAUUAAGGACCCUAAUUAUAAUUUACACAAUAAUUGAGUAUUGUACAAUUUGAAUUUAAACAUGUGGUCUUACGCAGAACGAACAUGAGUUUUUCGUGAUAUUAAAUUAACUUAAUUUUCUGUUGUCUCUCGUAGAGACCCCACGCGCCGUCGCCUGACUUUAUUAGUGUUCUAAAAAAUCAGUUCUCUUUGGGGGUUUCUUCUUUAUUUUGGACAUCUAGUUCUUUGGUUGUUUAUUAUAGGCUACUAGGCUACAUGUUUAAUUUUUCGCCUUGAUUGCGAGUUUCUUAUCGUUUUUUACAUUUUCUUUAAUUAACAUAUGGUUUACUAAGUUAUUUAACAAGUCAAAAAGUCUAUUUACAAUUUAGUGAUGUUCAAAUUACUUAAAUUGUGGCGGCAGUGGCCGACAAUAGUUUUUUAGGGGCUUCGUAGUCAUUGCAUUUUGCGUGUAUGGUUCGAAUAUAUGUCCUCCAAGAAGAAAAAACAACCCUUGGUUAGGUAAAUUUCGGUUUCUGAUUUUAGUUUUCAGUUUAAACGUUAAAGUAUUUCUGUAUUUGGUACUCAUAAAAUUAGCUAUAAGCCGGAAUUUUUUUUAAAAAUAAUUCAUCUAGCUCAAAUAAAAAUUAUAGACGGAAAUGUUAAGAUUUCAUCUUGUUACGUAAGCUAACUGAAAAUGGAUAGAUUGUUGACACUUGACAGGAAUUUUGUUGGUUUUUUUUGCCUACUGGAGUUGGAGGCUGUGGAGAAUAUUCUGGUAAUAAUUUCGAAAUUGGUGUAUGUAUAUGUAUGGGCCAAAAGAUCUGAUGGGCAGUUAAUCAAUGGAGGUCCAAAUUCAGUAUGCGUUUAUUCUCUCGUACGAAAAGUAAAAACCAUUCAACUUUGAUGGCAACCCAUCAAAUUUAUCAGUCGGCGAGGAGACUCCAAAUUAAAGAUUGCUUGGUGGUUGGCAACUCAUUGACAGUUGCCGACUCAUCCGCUUUGAUAAAACCUUGUUAUGGCACUUUCGAUAACAUAAGAGUAGUAUUAUUGAGUUUUGUCAUAAUCCCUAGCUAAGAGUAGUGAAGUUAAUGCUCACGAAGGAACUCUAUGUCAAGUGAAGUUAAUUAAUGCUUAUGAAGUUAACAAAACCUGGUAUUUGAAGAUUUGUUAUAAAUAAAAAUUGUACUUGCAAGCAAAUGGGUUAAUAAACUGAAAUAUGCUUGGUGUUGUGGUUUCGAUUAAGUGAUAAGUUUGAUUUCAGCCCGGUCUCUUAUAUCUGUGGUUCUCUGCUUGGUGUUGUGGUUUUGAUUGAUUCUCAUAGUUAGACCAUUUUAUGUUGAAUCUAUGUUUAUGUUGUUAUGCUUUCAUGUGUUUUAACCUGUCUCCCAUGUGUGGGCUUAUGACUUUGGAGACAUAUCUGUAGUCCGCCAGCAAAUGCAUUCCACCUUGUAGUCAUUCAAGUCAUGUUAAUAUUUUCAGAGGAAAAGAAAACUGAUAAUAUGCUGAUGGAACUGUACUAGCUGUGUAAAAAUCAUCCAAUUGAAUGAGAAGAAUGAUCAGUGAAACCUUCGCUCACGUAGCUAUAUUCAAUACUAAUUCGAAGUUGCUGCAGCAGAAAUGGGGCAAGCUCAACAAAUGCAUGUCCACAAAGCAUUCCAUUAUAGUAAACUUUUAUUAAAAAAAUGUAUACGAAGAUUUUCCAAACUAAAAACUUAUCCAACGAAUGUAUGCACACUUUAAGAAACCUUUGUACGGUUUAAAUCAAAGACCAAUGUGUCGGUUCUUAAAGUUAACACGAACUCUCUAGAAUUUAGUCUUAAUCAGUCUUCUGAUUAUUCUUUCUUUACAUGCAUCAAAGAUGAAUGAUACGAAGUACUUUUUUGUCCACAGUAUCCAAGAACCUCUCAAAUGCACCACAUACAAAACAGAAAUGAUGGUUGUCUGCGGGAGACGAUGCCCAAUCUAAGUCAAUUUUUAACUUGACUCUUCCUUUGUUUUCAGUUUUGGUUAUGGACAUAUAUACAGACUCGAACCGUACACUUUCUUGGUAAGAAAAUCCGAUACUUCAUAAUUUGUAAUCAGUCAAAAACAUAUAUUUUUACCAUAGAGUGAUUCUUAUUAAAGAUAAGAGCUUGAACCCAGGGAUAACUCCCAAUUAUGAUCACUUGUCAAAGAUGUCUUCUUCUUUUUUUUGUUAAAAGGCCUUUGUCAAAGAUAUCUAUGUGAACAAAAUGUUUUAUUGCAUCUUUCUCUUUCAGCAUAACCUUUCUGGAUAUAUUUUCUAUUAUGAUAAAUCUGGUAAAAUAUAUGAGAUAUAUAAUUAUAAAAACAUACAGUCAACACAAUAUACUCUCGAGUCAACAAUCCAACCAGAAUAAAAAAAAAACAAAAACGAAAAUACAAGUGAAAAAAAUUUCGACCAACUACAAACAGAUGACCAAACUAACAUGGAGCAGAAAAGAAAAACUUAACAGAAAUCACAAAAA